AUGGCAAAAAGAAAGUUACCAGAUAGACCACCCAAUGGGAUUGGUGCAGGCGAGCGACCUAGGUUGGUUCCAAGGCCAUUAAACACUCAGGCAUCAUUGGUAAAAUUAACGACACCAUUCAAGGUCCCAUAUAAAAUACAAAAAGUGGCCACCAACUCUAAAGAGAAUAUGGUAAUUGGCGGAAGAUUACUAAGAAAGAGAUCAGAAACUGUCUCAUACACUGGCUUGGAUAUUCAAAAGCUAGAGGAUGAAGUAGCUUACGAUAAUGGAGAAGCUAUACUACAGGCCAAAAGGAGAAGAAAAGAUGCAUUGAGUUCUCAAAGAUUGAUAAGUGAACCAAAUAGACUGAAUGAAAUAGAAAUCGUUUUGAAAAGAUCGUUCACCGUUCCUAUAAAAGGUUAUGUUCAAAGACACAGCUUGCCAUUGACAUUGGGUACCAAAACAAAAAUUAUUCCAGAACCAAGACCACUCCAUGAUCCUACUGACGAAUUUGCCAUUGUAUUGUAUGAUCCUUCAGUAGAUGGCGAUAUGAUUAUACAUGAAAAGGGAAAUGUGAGGGAACAACAAAAAAAUGACAACACUGAAGAAAACAAGAAUAAGGUAGAUACGUCCAAAAAAGAAUUUGCCCAUCCUAAGAUUUUAUCAAACGGUGUCAGAAACAAAACAUUGCAAGAGCUUUUGGGAUCUAACGAAAGUAAAAAACGAGAGACUUUCGCCAAUGUCCCUGUGGUAAUUGACCCAAAAUUAUCCAAAAUCUUGAGGCCGCAUCAAGUUGAAGGUGUAAAAUUUUUGUAUCGUUGUGUUACUGGUUUAACUAUGAAGGAUCUUCAAGAUGCACAAAAUAUUAAUACUGAUAUAUCAAAUAUCUCAACGGAUCAAAGUCAGGAGGACGAGGAGGAGCGAGCUUUCUUACAGGAUGAACUUUGCCCUAAGCCAUCUAAACCUAAAAAGAAAUCAAAGAGACAAAUUCAAAAAGAAGAGGAAGAAGAACAAGAGAGAAUAAGAAAAGAACAAGCUCAAGUCAAUCACGGGGCUUAUGGUUGCAUUAUGGCAGACGAAAUGGGUUUAGGUAAAACUUUGCAAUGUAUUGCAUUACUGUGGACGCUCCUCAGGCAGGGUCCUCAGGGUAAAGGACUUAUAGAUAAGUGUAUAAUUGUUUGUCCCUCCUCUUUAGUGAAUAACUGGGCUAAUGAACUUGUCAAGUGGCUGGGACCUGGUACUUUGACUCCUCUGGCUAUCGACGGUAAAAAAUCCUCAAUUACAGAUGCUGGAAAUGCCUCUGUUGCUGAUGCCAUUCGCUCAUGGGCCCAAGCAAAGGGUAGGAACAUUGUAAAGCCAGUUCUAAUCAUUUCUUAUGAAACUUUACGUCGUAAUGUUGAUCAACUAAAAAACAGCAACGUCGGAUUAAUGUUAGCUGAUGAGGGUCAUAGACUGAAAAACGGUGAUUCGCUGACAUUUACAGCACUUGACAGUAUUAACUGUCCAAGAAGGGUUAUUUUAUCUGGUACACCUAUCCAGAAUGACCUUUCUGAAUAUUUCGCACUCUUAAGUUUUUCUAAUCCCGGUCUAUUAGGCAGCAGAGCACAAUUUAGAAGAAAUUAUGAACUGCCUAUCCUCAGAGGCCGUGAUGCUGAAGCUACAGAUAAAGAAAUCAAGAAAGGUGAGGGGCAGCUUGAAAAACUUUCUAAUAUUGUUUCUAAGUUUAUCAUAAGAAGAACUAACGAUAUCUUAUCCAAAUAUCUGCCGUGCAAAUAUGAGCAUGUAAUUUUUGUAAACCUCAAGCCUUUUCAGAAAUCUUUAUACCAACAAUUACUGAAGUCCAGAGAUGUUAAGAAAUUGGUGAAAGGAAUGGGUGGUCCUCAACCUUUAAAGGCUAUUGGCCUCUUGAAAAAAUUAUGUAAUCAUCCGGCAUUAUUAGACUUCGAGAAAGAACUUGAAAGUGCAGACUUUGAACUUCCUGAUGUCUUUAGAGAUUUACAUAAUAGAGAAGUUCAGCCACAAUAUUCAGGUAAAUUUGCCAUUUUAGAGAGGUUUUUGCACAAAAUCAACGCAGAAUCUGAUGAUAAGAUAGUUUUAAUUUCAAACUAUACGCAAACACUAGAUCUGAUAGAGAGAAUGUGCAGACGUAAACAGUAUGGUGUGAUCAGAUUAGAUGGUACUAUGUCGAUCAAUAAAAGACAGACUUUGGUUGAUCGUUUUAAUGAUCCUGAAGGACAAGAGUUUAUUUUCUUACUUAGUUCCAAGGCUGGGGGUUGCGGUAUAAAUCUUAUCGGAGCAAAUAGGCUAAUUUUGAUGGAUCCUGACUGGAAUCCAGCAGCGGAUCAGCAAGCCUUGGCCCGUGUCUGGAGAGAUGGUCAGAAGAAAGAUUGUUUUAUCUAUAGAUUUAUCUCGACCGGUACAAUUGAAGAGAAGAUUUAUCAGAGGCAAUCGAUGAAAAUGAGUUUGAGUUCUUGUGUGGUUGAUGCCAAAGAAGAUGUUGAAAGACUAUUCAGUUCUGGGAAUCUGAGGAAAUUAUUCCAGCUGGAUGAAGAUACGAUAUGUAACACCCAUGAAACAUAUCACUGUAAGCGUUGCAACAAGCAUGGUAAGCAGGCUGUCAAGGCAAAUGCAAUGCUCUACGGUGAUACCACAACUUGGAACCAUUUAAACCAUGAUGCGUUAGAGAAAACUAAUGAUCAUUUACUUCGAAAUGAAUUCAGCCAUAAUGACAUUAGUUAUGCCUUUCAAUAUAUAUCCCAUUAA